AUGGCCGAUACUCCAAAUACGUCAGCUGCUCUUCCCCAGCAUGCUGCACCGUUUAAUAUUCCUAGUCACAACAUCGCUCCAUGCCCCGGGUGUGAAAACAUUGGGCCUCUGAAAGGAGAUUUCCAUAUGGACCCUUUAUCUCUCAGCCCCGAGUGCAUACCACUCACUUUGUUCAACUCAUACCCCCAAUCACCGUUCAAAAACUCAUUGGAUGAACGGAUCACAAACCCAGGCCCUGCUACGCAGGGUGAGCCAGAGGUGGGCUUGGAUAUGCACCUGUCGACUACUUCACAAUUGAGCGAGGUAGUUGUUAGUCCAAGGAACCAUACCGCGAUUCACAAUCAUGAGUGCGUCAACCUUGGUCUGAGCGGUACGCGAUGGAACGCAGCGUUCGAGGACAAUACAGCUCUAGAUCGUCAGCAUGGUAAUCUAUGA